CCUACGUUCAAGUCGAAUUGAAACGCUGACUGUCGUCGGACGACGGCUCCUGGUCUCGGCUGCGCGGGCGAAUAUCUCGCGUGCGACACGCGCGAUAAAUCGUUCCCAGUCGUAAUAAUGACGUACGCGAACGUUCCCGUCUCCGUGUGUUGCCCGCGGCCGAAACACGCUCGCGUCUGACGCGUUAUGUGAACCUCCUGCACCCGGGACCCGGCUGUUCCUGCUAGCAUGAGCAUUUCCCAAGACAGCGCAGCCACGAUCGUGUGCAAGGAGAUCUUCGACGGAGCCUCGAACCCGUCCCAUGAAGAGGUGCUCGAAUAUGCGAGGCGCCUGGGGAUCGACCCGGAUACGGAGCCGCACCUCCUGAGCCUGGCCCAGGAGGGCCUGAUGGCGGCCCUCCCAGAGGGCUGGUUACCGUGCUACCACGAGGCCAGCAGAGCUUGGUACUACUAUCAAACUUCCACCGGAAACCGGACCUGGGAGCAUCCCCUGGACGCCGUGUACAAGGAGCUGGUCGAACAGGCCAGGGCUGGGAACGUGAAGCCCGGCGAGAGCCUCAGGCAGAUCAGCUUCGAGGAGGACUCUAAGACGACAGCGAAGGACCUCGAUUCUCACGAACAGGCGACUCUAUCCAAGGAAAAGAACAACGCGAAACAAUCAACCAAGGCGAAUCCACCGCCCACGAGAAUCCCCACGAAACUGGCGCCCUUGAAAAAAGACAAAAUCGACGGAGCUAGGAAGAGGGAUGAAAGAUCGAGGAUGGAGAACCCUUUGGCUACCAAUAGGACUGGCAGGGAUUACACGAACCUCAGGUUCCAGGAUCCCAAGUUCUACGAGUGCCCGAAGCUACUCGAGGCAGGCGCAUCUGGCACCCAUUCGAACGUCACCACGCCGAUACACGAGAUAGAUUUGAAGGAAGUGUUGAAGAGAUCGGAGUCGCUCAGUCCGAGGCACGAGAAGGACUGGGAACAGCUGUCCAGCAAGUUCAGCUCUGAAGAGAACAUAAUCGACAUCGACAAGCUGAGUAUGAAUGCUCUGGCCAGGUCAGAGAGACCGGAGAAGUUCGACAAAGAGAAACAUCCCAGUCAGCUCGGUCAACAGAAGGAGCUGACUUUGAGCGGUGGUGGAACCAUGUUCUUGAAGAGCAACAGGAGCAGGGAUACUACACCUAGUCACGAAGGCACUAAAUUAGACGAUUUCAGGACAGUGACAAUCCCGGACGAGAGCUACACUGGAGACAAGUUGAAGUCGAUUCUCAGGGAAAAGCAGUCUGAGGAUGAUGACAGACCGGUGGACGAAGAGCGUAAGAGCGUUCGGUUCGACAUAGAGAAAGAUGCGGACAUCAAGUUCACGUAUUCGAGGUCCGAGGACGAAUCGGACUCCGACCCUGAAGACCAGGACUCGCAAAUGCUCGCGUUGCUCUCGAACAAGGACAUAAAUUGGUCCUCUCUGCAGAAGACGAACUCUCAAAGCCCGGACGAGGCGAACGAAGACGCGGAAGACAAGGUUGAAGAAAUGAAAUAUAAUGUCGAAUCGAAGAAGAAUGGAAAGAUCGUCGGGAAGAGGUUCGUCGUUCAGAACGUGUCUGAGAACGAACACCGGAAGAAGUUUGGUGUUCAAGCCGUGUCUGAGAAGGAGCAUCGUCUUCAGAUGUCGAGAGACAUCCUCUCGAGAGACAGCCUGUCCAGAGACAGCAGUUUGGAUUAUACGUACACGAAUAAAUUCAAUAAAAUCAAGAACAUCGACUUGGUCUCGAAGAGCGAAACCGAUUAUAGCGACUCUGAGCGCAGGAAGAAUAAAUCGAAGGACUUCUCGAGGACUGAACAGACCGACGACGACGAUACGUCUGACAUUUCUAGGAUCAAUCCUGAAUUCGAGCUCUCGCGAAGGGAACGCAACGAGAUCGCUGGGAGAUUGGAACAGUACAAGAACUUAGAGGAGACCAAGAUUAGACUUGAUGAACAAUACGAAAAAGACGUUGAAAUGUUGAAGAAGGAAUACGAAGAGAAGCUGGAACGAACUAGGAAGGAGUUGGAGGAAAAGUUCUUAGAGCAGAAGAAAUUGAUGGACGAGAACGUGGAGGACAGGAUGAAGGAUUUGACGAGGGAGCUGGUCGAGAAGGCGUUCGUCACGAGAAUGGACGACGCCAACAGCGAGAACCUCAGGAAGAUGAAGACGGAAUUAGAAAUCAGCUACGAGAAGGAGAAACAAGAAAUGCUGGAGAACAUGAAGACGGAACUCGACGAGAAAAAGAGAGAAUUAUUAGAACUACGAAUCAAGGAAAUGGGUAAACUAGAAGACGAGCACGAGCGCGAUUUGAGCGAUGAGAAACACGCGAAACUGAAUCGGAUCGAACUGAGCAAAUUGCAUUCGGAGAACAUCGAAGCGUUGAAGAAAGAAUUCGACGACGAGUUGGAAGAAUUGCGCGCCCAGCUUCAGGUGCAGCAGAAGGAGAAGAUCGCGGAGAUCACUGAAGAGCAUGAGAAACACCUUUGCGAAAUCUUGCGCGAUUUUAAAAUCACCGAGGAUCGGACCAGGAAGAUGCAUAAACAGCGACUGGAGAAGCUUCGCGCCGAGUUCGCGCAGGAGUUGGAGAAGGAGUCGAGGAAGCACGCGGAGCGGGCGAUCCAUCAAGAGAACAUCGAGUUCGAGAAGAUGCGCUGCGAGAAGCGGCUGCUGCAGGACAAGUACACGGCGUUGAAAGAGAAGUACAUGAAACUGAAGAAAGAGGUACGCGCGGCGCUCGAGAGGAGGAGCAAGCGAAAGGAGAGCUACACGACAGCAUCGGAGACCGAGAGGUCGACGUCCACGCGAACGAGAACCGAGCGGACCGAGUCGUCCGACCAGAGUACCCCGCAACUACGAAACACACGCUCGAGCUUGGCAACGACGAUGACGACGACGACGACGACGACGACGCCGCACGCGAAACCGCACGAGCCGACCGGCAACGAGCGGUCCGAGGAAUCCCACGAUCCGGACGAGCCGCACGUUCAGAAGGCGAACUCGGGGUUUCAGAAGAGCGCGGCUGCGAGGAACCUGAAGUUCGACACCGACGACGCGACCUCGACCAGCGAGGCGAACGCGAACACCACCAAGAAGAGUUUCAAGAGGCUGUCGACCACCGCUGGGAACAACAACAACGUCAAUAACAACGAACUGGAGAACCCGGUGGAGAAUAUCAGGAAGCAAUUGGAGAAACUCGAAGAUCUCGGCGACCAAUUGCCAAGCAACGAAACGGCCUACACCCUGCGCUAUCCUUUUCAAGACAAAGCCCCGGCGAACGCCUCGUCGGAGCUCGAAUUCUUCCGGCACCGGAUUCACGUCGAGAGGGACUCUGUGAAGAGGGCACGGGAGGCGCUCAGGCACCAGGAGAACCUUUUACAGGGACGUCAGAAAGCUUGGAAGCAGCGCAGCGCGAGCGCCACGCUCGAACAACUGGUUCAGGAAGAACGCGAACUGUCGGAUAUGGAGGUGAACUUGCAUCGGACCAAGAGCCUGUUGGGCGAGAAGGUGAUCCACCUCAGGCACUUGGAACAGUCUUUAGAAAGAAUGGUGAACUCGAAGAAAAACGAGAACGACACGUCGUCGAAGAACGACGAUUUAACAUUGAGCGACAUGUCCAGCGUGAGCAGUGGUGUCAGCUCGACCGAUUUGGUGACAGACAUAGAUUCGUCUUCGGUCUUUUUUGGUUCUGAUCCUCCGUACUCAGACAAACCGGAUCAAUACCAGGAGUCGACGGAAAUCAUCGCAAGCCUGGAAAACCUAAACUCCGAAAUACGUGAGAUCUGGGGCGUGCUGAAUAAACGGCAGGACACGGACGCGCCGCCACCGCCCACGCUGAUGUAUUCUUAUUUGCGAUGGCUACGUUUCCACCACCUCGCGGCUCAGUCGAACAAUAUACAAGGAACGUUCGGCACUCCGAAUAUUCAGUCGAACAUACUGUCUCAGUUAACAGGCUCGCAACCGCCGAUCACGCAGAACAUCAUCGCCCAAUACGGCCCUAACAGCGGGUUCACGACCAGCGUUUGCACCGUAGAGAAGAACUCUUCGAAUCUGAUGGAGAGAACGUGGAGUCUACGCGACUGGCUCCGGCAAGCUUGCAUCGAGAACGCUGACCAGUCAAGGUCAGUCGACUCCCUAAAGAAUCCUCAGUUGAUCGAAAAAUUCGCUUCCAAACGUCACUCGUUCAGCGACGCGAACACCCGUUUCACCGACGUCGAUUCCAUGUACUUACACGUGUUUCUAAAUCAAUUCAAGAAAACCUGUUUCCGUUAAGUACCUCAUAAACUGCGGAUUUCAUCGAUUUAGAGUUGAAUACACAGAAACCGAUAAGCUAGUAGGAGAUUUGCAAUGUUUAAGCGAUUAAAUGAAUUUUUAUUUAUUUUCUAUGUAAAAAUCCGCAGUCCUUAUGAACGUAGUAACUGACCAAUUAUUGAGAAGAUCCGUUUGGAAGCGAGGCCUGUGCUUCGUGAACCUCUUCCCUCGUUCCUAUCAAGUUCAGUUCGCCUGUUCGCUAAAUCGACCAAAGACUGCGGCACGUGGCGCGUGUGCGAACGCAAGAAACAAAGACUGGCACGCGCGCACCGCGUGAAAUUUGUUAAAGAAAAUGAAAAUACACUCACGCUCGACGUUCCUUGAAUUUUUACCCGGAACUAGGCAAUUUUAGUGCUACUCGUUUAACAGAGAUCAUCGACGACGUAAAAUUGUGCAGAAGCGGAAGGAUAAUUGAUGAUGAGCUCGUGUGUGAGUUCGCGUGAGACAUGAGCGCGAGAUACAUACUUUAUUGUAAAUAACGAUAAUAACUAAUAAUUAAUAAUUAAUAAUUAAUAAUAAUAAUAAUAAUUUCUGGAUUGCGAGCGUCACUCGAUGCGAUGCGCUGGUUCCUUUCUCCCCGACAGUCUGUUCAACCUUUAUAUAUAUUUUCGAGAUCGAUUUUUUCGUGUAAUAAGAAUGUAUAGUAUACGUACCUCCUAUUAUAUACGACGCAUCCUAUUAUAUACAUUGUAACGUACGUGUAUGUAUAACGGACGGACGAAAUUGUUUCUUAGAGAUGACCACGCGUGAUGUUCGACGCGCGAGAAGUGGCGAUCCGUGUUCCCGUUCUAUCAGACCGUGUGUGAUAUUUCCAAUCAAAAAUCGUCAACAGAGAAGACUUAGCUUUUGUAUCGAUUAUACUUAAUCGUUGUAAGAACUAAUCGUAGCGGACAGGGAUACGUAGAUGACUGGAACUAGUCUGUCGACCACUUCUUCGAGCCUCAUCGAUUGCCAAACUUUCAUAAUAAUAAUAAUAAUAGUAAUGAUGAUUAUGAUGAUGAUUAUCGACCUUUCGAUCUGUGUCACACGUACGGGGAAAAUGAAAGAGAAAGAAGCGUUUCCGAUUGAUGAUAAUUUUAGGAACGUCCGACCGACGUUCGACUUACUCCCCCUUCCCAACCGUUCGAAUUGUAGCUCGCAAUAAUCCUGAUCUCAUUAGAUGUAAUAGCGUAGGGUCGAUUAUCUACACUGCGCGAGAUACGCGACAGUAUUGACUGAAAUCGUGACCGGGAGGUCCGCGGCACCUCGUUUACGAUUAGUAAAUGGCUCCUCGUUAUCAUUUUCUCGUUGGGAUUUCGUUUCGCUCAGCGACCAGUCCUGAUGUAUUUAAUCGGCGAUAGUUGAUUCCGUAAUCGAAGUUAAUAUGGAUAGAACGUAUUGAGUCUGUAUUUAAAAUCGUAGGUCCCAGAACGUAGAGCUAACACCGUCCUUGAUAAUUAAAUAACUUCUACCCUGAGGAACGUUUCAAGCGAGUCGUUGCUCGCGGUUCCACGUUGAUUUGAACAGUGCAAUACGUGUAUUCUGAUUCCGCCAAUUCCGUUACGUGGCAAUUAUGCUUUCCGCACAAUGUAACGUUUUGUAACGUUCUCCUAAAUCCUCGCUGACGAUUAGAACUCCGAUUUCCGACGCUAUCGCGUCCGCGUAAUUGUACGUAAGACGAAGAACAUGUUAUUUGUAAAGAAUUCAGGAGCAAUAUAAUUUUACUCGAGACAUAGCGCCGUCCUGGAGACGGCUGCAAAUACAAAGGUAUUGCCAAACUCGAUUCACCGGUGCUUCGUUCGACGUAACAGGCUUCGAUUAACCGCUUUUCAUUCUCGUUCAUUAUUGAUUACGAUCAGUGAAUUAAUUUUGGAAUACCUUUAUAUUCUGUAAUAUAGUAUAUAUUUGUAUGGACGCAAAUAUAUGUGCUAUACAAACCAA